GAAACAACGCUUCCGUUGUACCACCAGGUGAAUGAGCAAACCAGAGACCCAACCGCCUUUCUCCCUAAAGAUGAAAAUGGCAGAAAGUCCUUCUAAGGACACACGAUCUGUUUCUAACAAGAAAGGACCCUGCCCUUGGCUGUGUGAUUUAGUCCCCUCGAACCUCCCACCGCCUGGACCAGCCCAGACAGUCUUACACCCUCGAAAGGAUGUCUUUGUUCUGAAGCUGCUCCUUUGGAAUCCUCACAAUCUCACCAUCACCCUAAUCAAGUUAAAAGUUAAUCAAUGUCAUAUAUACAGGGUAUUUCUUGUAAGGUGUCAAGCCGCUACGGUGGCUAAAGUAGGGCCAACUGGAGAUCGGCGUUGUAAAAUGGAACUUGAAUUAGUGACGCCGAAGGGACCCGAAAAGAAACCACCAUGUCGAAUAGACACCAGAGAAACUCAGUGCGAACCAGAUCCACCACCGUGUACAUGUUGUACGAAGCCGAGAAAGAAGGGAAGAAGUUAAGACGCCUCGAAAAUAAAAAUCU